GGUUAUGUCGAUAUAACCUCACUUUUCUGUAAUUCAAUAAUUCCUUAAAAUGUCGAAAGUUAUAUUAGGUGGAGGUUUGUCUGGGUUAUCAGCCGCGUAUUAUUUGCUGAGAAAAAAUCCUGCAUCCUGCCUAACAUUAAUAGAAAGCUCAAAUAGAUUAGGUGGUUGGAUAAAAUCAAAUCAAAUUGAAGAUGUCAUUUUUGAAGAAGCUGCUAGAACGCUUAGACCGAGAGGUGAGCCGGGAAUAAAUACAUUGGAGUUAAUAGAUGAAUUAGGGUUAUCAAAUAAAGUGAAUCCAAUAACAUUAGAUAGUCCUGCUGCAAGAAAUCGGAUGAUAUAUGCUAAUGGGCAACUAGUUUCUUUGCCUUCAGGAAUUAAGGAUUUAUUUGUUCGUAACCCGCCCUUUAGCAAGCCUUUAAUAAGACACUUUAUUAAAGAUUUAGUUACUGCCAGAGAGGUUAAUAAGGAUGAGUCCAUAUAUAGCUUUACUAAAAGACGUUUUGGUGAGGAAGUUGCUGAUUAUUUGAUAAGUCCCUUGAUUUGUGGAAUUUGUGCUGGAGAUGCAAAAGAGAUUAGUGUUAAUUUUAUAAUGAAGGAUUUGUUUGAGUAUGAACAAAAAUAUGGCAGCAUCGGAAGAGGUAUGAUGUAUGCAUUACUUUUUAAGAAAAAAAAUGCCUUAAAUCAUAAUGCACUAUCUUUGAGGGCUAGAAAUGAGAAAUGGUCUGUAUAUUCAUUAAAUGGUGGUUUGGAAACCUUAACAAAAACUUUGUCAGAUAAAAUAAGACAACAUAAAACUUUAGAACUAAAAAUGAAUUCACAAUGUAAAGAAAUUAAAUUUGGAAAUCCAAGUGCUUCUAUAACUUUAGAUAAUGGUUCUAUACAAAAUCAUGAGCAUGUAAUAAGUUCAAUUCCUUCAUAUCAACUAUCAAAUUUGAUUAAAAAUUCACAUCCAGAAUUAUCAAGUUUAUUAAACAACAUUAAGUAUGUAUCUGUAUGUGUAAUAAACUUAAUGUUUGAUGAAAACAUAAUUAAAAAAGAUGGUUUUGGGUUUCUUGUGCCACCAAAAGAAAAAAUACCAAUACUCGGGGUCAUUUUUGAUAGUUGCUGCUUUCCGAAUAAGACAAACAAAAAUGUGGUGACAGUAAUGAUGGGAGGGAAAUGGUUUGAGGAAUAUUUUUCCCAUGAAAUGACAGAAGAGGAAUUAUUAACUGUAGCUACAAAAUAUUUAAAACUUACAAUGAAUGUUAAAAAGGAUCCAGUUGCCUAUAAAGUUAAUUUGUUGAAGGAUUGUAUUCCACAGUAUAAAGUGGGACAUAACGAAAAUGUACAUAAAAUUGAAGAUUACAUAAAGAAAAAUAAUAUUCCUUUGACUAUUUGUGGAUGUUCUUACUAUGGUGUAGGUGUAAAUGAUGUAAUAUUAUCCACAAGGAAUAUGGUACAAAAAAUCCAAUAAAAU